AUGACCUCCCAGGGUGCAGUUCACAAUGGAAUGCAGACCAGCCCUCUGAUUGGGAAGCACAUUGAGAUGACUACAGCCGGUCACUUUGAGAAAUUAUUGACGCGCUUCGUUUCUCGUCGGCAUGAGAACCUGUGGGCUUUUCACGCAGAGCUCGUCGGCUCUGGGCGCAGCGUAAUUAAGCCCACGUUGUCAGAAGACGUAGGAGUGAACCCGUUGCUGCAAGGCCCGUUGCUCGAUGACAGCACUGAUACAGAACUUGCCAUCAUGGUUGAAUCCACAAAUUGCGACUUCUACAUCCUCACCAAGUCCUUCAUCCCUUUUCUGAACCGGUCAAUAAGGCGUCCCCGCACACCGAUUAUGACGAAGAAGAAAACAGCAGAAACCCCAGCACAUACCUGA